AUGGAAGAAUCGCAAGAAGCUGCUGAGGAAGAAAUAUCUCCAGAAGAAGAUGAGGAGCUGCCUCUGUUGAAAAGGGUAUGGCAGGAGAGCAAAGUGAUGUGGGUAGUAGCAGCUCCGGCCAUAUUCACUCGAGCCUCUACCUUCGGCAUCAACGUCACGAGUCAAGCUUUUGUUGGUCAUAUUGGCUCCAAGGAGCUUGCUGCCUUCGCUCUCGUCUUCACUGUUCUUAUCAGAUUCGCCAAUGGUGUUCUGUUCGGGAUGGCCAGUGCAUUAUCCACUCUGUGUGGGCAAGCGUAUGGUGCCGGAAGAUAUGGCAUGAUGGGAGUGUACCUUCAACGAUCAUGGAUUGUCUUAUACUUCACUUCGUUCCUUCUUCUUCUUCUUCCCCUGUUCUUCUUCACUACCCCAAUCAUCAUGAGGAUGUUGGGCCAAGAUGAAAGCAUUGCAGAUGUCGCAGGAACUAUUUCUCUCUGGUCCAUCGCCGUUGUUUUUGCCUAUGUUUUUGUCAUUUCACCUUCACCUUCCAGACUUUCUUGCAAUCUCAAAGCAAGAAGUCGUUAUACUCAUUCUCUAUUCUUGGCUGCUUUCUCUUCCAUCGCUAUUCACAUAUCGCUGUCGUGGCUUUUGACUAUAAAGUACAAGCUCGGGAUACCUGGUGCGAUGAUUUCAAACAAUUCUUGCAUAUUGGAUCCCCAACAUUGG